AUGUCGACCUCGUCGAGCAAGCGUCUCGAAUUCUAUCAGAAGCUGAACUCCACAGAUUGGAAGCUUUUUCCGACAUGCCAUCGGAAAGAACAUCCUUCUAAUUGCGGUUGCCCAAAGCCCUGCAUAAGGAUCAAUGCACUGGAAAAGUGGAUGCGCAAGAAAGAGCCAGGGUCGGACAAAUCCAACGGUGUUUUAUUGUUCGAGGAGAUAGGACCGAUCAAGAGACAUCCAUACCGGUCACCUACUACCGUACUUGGAAGCUGUACUAUUGUGUUCAGCUGGUUGCUAGGGGCUGGUCACGGUCAACUCAUUCACGUCUUUUACGAUGCCGGAGUGGAUGAUGUCAAGCUCAGAAACCCUUUUUAUUCCCUCAGCAAAAAUGUGGCUCUCAAAAACGGUGUCACUGGACUCAUCACCCACGCCGAAUACCAUCCCGAUAAAUUUGACAACCUGAUAAGAACUCUCGAAAGAUUGAGAUGGGAGUUUUGCCCUUUCACUCUGGUGCCGCAUAUGGACAACGAAGCCUUCGGUAACAAACUCUACAUGCCAUUUUGUCGACUAUGGGACGUCCCUGAAUCAGGCGGCACAGCCGAUGUGUAUCUUGCCCAUAUACAAGAGGAAUUUGUGUCGGAUGAACCUGAGUUUAAGCAGCACCUGGGUCCGUGGGUCGUUGACACAGAGUAUGGAAAAUGUUAUAAGCUGGCUGUCAAGAGCAUCAGCGGGUAUCACCUGGAUACAUACAUGCAAGAAAGACAGGCUUUUGUGGGCAUCCGUGACAGACCAGGAAUGCUAAAAUGUCUUGGCUUCUACAGCUUUACCAAAAACGAGCACAACGUCGAUGAAUAUCAUUACAACUUUCUCCUCGAAUACGCCGAGAAAGACCUUCACCAGUUCUUCAAGCAAGAUCCUCCUCGGCUUGCGGAACAUAUUCACUCUCAAUGGGAAGAUUUUUGUCACAUCGCAGCAGCCAUCGAAACUCUUCACGAUUUCGAGGACGAUGGGAUACAGUGGUCAGGGUGGCAUGGCGACAUCAAGCCCAGAAAUUUAUUGCUGGUAGGCGGAGAAUGGAAACUCGCUGAUUACGGCUUCGCUGUCUUUCAUCCGAAAUCUGACGGAAGAAUUAAAGCAAGCCUGAACGAGCGCACAGAGACAUUCGGUGCGCCUGAGACGGUAAAUGUUGACGAGGAUGUUCUUCAGACCGUCGACACAUGGUCAUUCGGCUGUGUGUUGUCUGUUGCGGCAACAUGGAUGGUCAAAGGCAACGAAGGCGUUCUUCAGUACCAGGAGUACAGAUCCCAGAUCGCCAAGAAAGUCAGGCAUGGAUCUCACCCUCCUGAUGCUUUUCAUGACGGGGUCGACGUUCUACCGCACAUCAAAGUCUGGCACACUCAUCUAAGUCAACUCACACGUAGAUCCGACCAUGUCACAAACAAGAUCCUGAGCCUAGUGGAUGAUCGGCUUUUGCAAACGGAGCGACUUACUUCAAAGCAGUUGCGUCUUGAAUUGGACGAAAUUAUGAACCAAACCAGAGAUCUUUCCACAAGCACACCACCAAGCGCAUCCUCGCUAGACAAAGAGCUUUUGAACUUUCUCGAAACUCAUUCUAGAAAGCCUCAUAAGAGCCCAACCCUCCGAGGAAACGGUUUUCCGGCCACGAGGGGUCUUCCACCGGCCAACGCCACUUCAUGCAAUGCCAGCCCAUCCUAUCAACCAGUGGUUCAGCAACCAGAGAGCCCCACUGUCCACGGGCAGUCGCAAUUACAAAGUCUCAAAUCUCCAAAUGAGGAGAGCAUCCCACCACAGGUGCCAAACAUAACAGAAACAAUAUUGCCUGCACUUGGUAUGGAUGUCCCAGUGUUGCCGUCUGUCGACCCGAGCUUCAAUCACCUCCAACCGACCAGAUCUACAGAAACGGAUGGCAACAUAACUACAGCGUCGGUACUAUCAGGACCGACAAUAAGCAAUCUGAUGGACCGAAGACGAAAUCAUUCCCUUGCAUCAUCUCAUGAGCAACAAUCGCUGGAUCGUCGCCAAAGUGACAAUGACGGUCGUCCAAGCGAUGCUGACCAUCCCACUUCCAUUUCUACACUCAGUCCCCUAGCUCCGGUGAAUAGCAGCAAAGAAGCAGCUACGAUUGACCAUGUAUGGGCGGCGGUCGAAGAACUUCACGGCGGUGCUUUUGCUCUCAGUGGACAUCUGAGUUGCGGCGAAACAUGGAUUGCUAGAAUAACCAAUGAGAGACACGAGACGCCCAUUAUGCUGGCUGCGAGUUGCGGUAACCUGAAAGCAGUGAGAGUGCUGGUCAAGCAUUCAGACUUGUCAUCCAGAGACCAUGAGAAUAAGUCUUUGCUCCACCACCUAAUCAUAGGAUCACACGGCAACGGAGAAACAACAGAGUUUUUGAAAACCCUAGAGCAAAUCCUGGCCCAUUGGUCAUAUCCCGGAAACAGCUGGAUCAACUGGCCAGACAUUGAUAAACAUACGUGUCUGUACUUCUGCAUACAAUUCGACAUGCCGAAAGCGGCGGAGCGACUGUUGGCACAGUGUCCUGAAGCAGUCAAUGGUGAUAGCGCGGAUAGUGCACCACUGGUAGAAGCUAUGAAAUGUGGGAGGGAGUCUGUAGCAAAAGCUCUUUUGUCUAAGGGUGCUUCGCUAGAGCACCGAGAGAGACUUAGGGAGUACAAAAACAAGACACCUGGUGCUUGGCGAAUCAUCGAAAGAAAGCUGCGCGAGUCACAAAUACAGACACCGUCGCGGCGAGUUUUUGGAGUCUUCAACAAGAGGAACGAAAUUCGAUGA